AGUGCUGGACACACUCUGGAGACUGAGUGCCUCACUCUGAAUGCUGCAUGUUGCUGUUUGCACUUCAACAGUAUUGAAACAGAGUCCGCGUUUUCAGAUUCAGUCAGUUGCUGCUGUCUCCUAUUCUCUGACCCUCUUUCUGCAUGUUUCUGUCUCUAUUAAUUUAUUAAUUUUUAUUUAUUUAUUUAUUUAGUGUGUGGGUGUGUGUUUUGUGUAGGAGGCUCUAGCAGACCAUUGUCGGAUGUUUGUACUCAUUUAGAGGAAGAGUUAUCACUGAGGUGAAGUGACGGAUGCUCAUCCAGCACCUGCUUUCUUUGAUCCACAUGACAGGUGAUGUUCAAUUUGAAUUUACCAGACUGAAGUAGACAGAGAUCAAAGCACUUACUAAGGAUAUUCAGGGAAAUGAACACCUCACAUCAUCAUGGACUGCAUCAUUCAUACCGAAAUCACAGCCAGGGAGCUUUGCCAGUGGGAAAGCCUGAUCAAGGUGAGAGAGGAUCAGCCUCUGGAUGCUAUGAGCAGCUCCUCAUCUCCACAGAGGUCUUCCUCACACUCGGGCUCGUCAGUCUCCUGGAGAACAUUUUAGUGAUUGCUGCUAUUAUCAAGAACAAGAACCUUCAUUCUCCCAUGUACUUCUUUAUCUGCAGUUUAGCUGUAGCAGACUUGUUGGUCAGUGUCUCCAAUGCCUCCGAAACAGUAGUGAUGGCACUCAUCACGGGGGGCAACCUGACCAAUCGCGAGAGCAUCAUCAAGAACAUGGACAACAUUUUUGACUCAAUGAUCUGCAGCUCGCUGUUGGCCUCCAUUUGGAGUUUGUUGGCCAUUGCGGUGGACCGCUACAUCACGAUCUUCUACGCCUUGCGCUACCACAACAUCAUGACCCAACGGCGGGCGGGCACCAUCAUCACCUGCAUCUGGACCUUCUGCACGGUCUCUGGCGUGCUCUUUAUUGUGUACUCGGAGAGCACCACCGUUCUCAUCUGCCUUAUCAGCAUGUUCUUCACCAUGCUGGCGCUUAUGGCCUCGCUUUAUGUCCACAUGUUUCUUCUAGCCCGGCUGCACAUGAAGCGCAUUGCUGCCCUUCCUGGCAAUGCCCCUAUCUGGCAGGCCGCAAAUAUGAAAGGUGCCAUCACAAUCACUAUCCUGCUGGGAGUAUUUGUGGUGUGCUGGGCUCCCUUUUUCUUACACCUCAUCCUCAUGAUAUCUUGCCCUCGGAACCCCUAUUGCAUCUGCUUCAUGUCCCACUUCAACAUGUAUCUGAUCCUCAUUAUGUGCAACUCGGUCAUAGACCCUCUCAUCUAUGCCUUCAGGAGCCAAGAGAUGAGGAAAACCUUCAAGGAGAUCUGCUGCUGCUGGUAUGGACUGACCUCUCUGUGUGUGUAAGCUUGUUUCUGUUUGACGUCAAGGUACUGAUUGGAAGAUGUUGACUUGCUGGAUGAUGCUGAGAAUGUAGAAGAUCUAACUGCACUGCAUAGCUUAUGUGAUUUUUCUGCACACAUUUAUUUGAUGCCCAGAGAAAUGUGAUACUGUGGCUGUGCUGACCAUGAAAAAAAAUGCUAAUGUUAAUGAUUUAAGUAUUCAGUUCUUUUAUUCAUUGACAUGCUGUUUUGGGUGUUUAUUUAUAUCUCAUUUGUUUUAUCUGCUGAAUAAGAAAUCAAAAAGUCAAAGUGGCAAUAUUUAAAAGCAUUAAAUGACAGAAAAUGUAUAGGAUGGUGUGUGUGUGUUGUGAUUCAGUUACUUAAGGACAUACACAAUAUUUAGCUACUGUGAUUAUGUUCUCUCAGCAGGUUGGUACUUCAGUUAUCCAGCUCAAGAACAGUUGCAGCUUAAUAAAUGUGUUUCAUACAUAUGAAUUUAUUUUUUUGUAUUUUGUAAGUUAAGAUCAUUUCAUUUAACUUUUGUAAUGCCAUCUCAUUGUGCAAAUAAAACAAA